GACAGAGUCUGCAACUUGGAUGAAAGUAGCUGCAAAGUAAGAAGACAAACUGAGGGAUAUGAUGAGAUAAAAAACAUUACGAGGAAAAGCAAAGAAGUAAACUCCCUGCCUCGCUGAAGCCUGUAAACAGACAUGAAUAAUCGCUCCAUCGCCUGGUGGCUGAAACAGAUCGGCCUGCCCCAGUACACAAAGACGCUAGAAAGGGAAUAUUAUGGCCUUGAGGGUUUGCUGAAUGUAACUGAUGGAGAGCUGAAGGAUGCAGGGAUCGAGGUUGCAACACAUCGAGAAACCAUCAUCAGUCAGCUUUUGAGACACAGACAGAGACUAGACCCACAAUCUGCUGAACAUGUCCCAGAGCGCAGGGUAAGCCGAAAGUACUCCCUGGGAUCUUCCAUGGACCUGGUGAAGCCUAGGAAGGAUCUUUUCCGUCAAAAUGUUCUACCCCGCCUCCAGCGCGCCGACAAGAAACACCGUCUAUCUGCCUCAUGCUCGCAGCUCCGCCCCCUCAGUGAGGACAAAACUCCCAUCAGUGACAGAGACUGCAGUCAGGACAGCAAACGCAGCAAAAGGAGGAGUGUCACUGCAUACCUCAGCCAGCUGAAGGUCUUUGGAGGUCGGAGAGAGAUGGACUUGCUGAAGAAGGAGCUGGAGGAGGAGCUGAAGCUCAGUACUGAGGACCCACGGAGUCAUGCAUGGUACCAUGGCCCGCUGACCCGCGAGGCUGCAGAGUCUCUGUUGGAAAGGGAUGGGGAUUUUCUGGUGCGAGACUCAACGUCUUGCCCCGGUGACUAUGUUUUGAGCUGCUUUUGGAAAAAUGGGCCAAUGCACUUUAAGAUCAUACGAGUGGUCCUGCGUCCCAAAAAGGGCUACUCUCGGGAGCUGUUCCAGUUUGAGGAGGAUCGCUUUGACAAUGUUCCUGCUCUGAUCCGGUUCUAUGUGGGGGGGCGUCGGCCUAUCUCUGCGGCCUCGGGCGCCGUGAUCUUUCACCCAAUCACACGGACACUUCCUCUGCGUGUCAUCAUGGAGCAAAAUGCAGCAUCAACAAAAAGUAGUAGCAGCAGUGGAACAGGGGGAGGAAAGCACACCGACCCCAACAAAAGACGAAGUUUCAGCUCGACGCAUGCUGACACGCUGCAGUUCAUCAAUCCACUGCUAAGAAGUGGAAGUCAACCUGCAAACUUGGAGAAUGUGGGACGGAGGCCUUCACUUCAGUCUGCACAGUCUGACAGCAACCUACGAACAGGUGUUCCACAAACCACUCAGUCAGUGGACAAGGCCACUGGCCCCGCCCCCAUCUCACCAGUGUUUCGCACAGGCAGUGAACCUCUGCUGAGCCCACGACUCACACGCCCCUCUCAUCCAGGUGGUGGUGUAACUUUGCGGGGUUCAGAUGGACAACUGCACCCCCGAGCUCCUCCUAAACCUCUGAGGGUCUCUACUUUGUUCUCAAACGCUACGCCUCCUCCACCUUCAGACUCAGAUGAAGACCCCUCCGCUUUCUACGAUGAGCUAGUUGUCCAGGUGCCACACUCCCGACGGAAGGGUCACGUGGACAGGUUACGUGCGGAGGAGAAGUGGCAGAGUCGAGCCCGUCUUACAGAAACUUCCUUUGGUUUCCUGGAGGCCCAGAAAAACGGGGCGUCGUCACAGCUGCCGUUUGACGGAGAGCUGCAGAGGAAGGCAGCGGAGGAAGAGGAAGACUGGCAUUUUGAACGGCCACAUAUGGAGUCAGGAUCGUGUUUCCAGUUGGAUCAGUUUGAGUCACUGCUUUUACCAGAGAACAACCGACCCCUGGAGCCCAGCAUCCUGCUCACGCUCAAAGAGCUCUUCAACCGUUCGGACGCCAACACCACCGCUCUGCACAUACUCAGCGUCGACUGCCAGGUAGCACGCAUCGUUGGGGUGACGGAGGAGCAGAAGAGGAUUAUGGGAGUUGAGUCGGGGCUGGAACUUGUCACUCUGCCACAUGGACACCAACUACGACAAGAUCUGUUGGAAAGGCAUCAUCUCAUCGCACUGGGAGUUGCAGUGGACAUCCUGGGCUGCACAGGAACUGUGAGCCAACGAGCAACAGUUUUACAUAAAUUAAUCUUAUUGGCUCAGGCCCUGAAAGAACACACCCACAACCUUUACUCCUUCUCAGCCGUCAUGAAGGCUCUGGAGAUGCCUCAGAUAGAGCGGCUGGAGAUGACGUGGCGAGCGCUGCGGAGGAACCACACAGAGAGCGCAGUUUUAUAUGAGAAGAAACUCAAACCCUUCAUGAACUCACUGAAUGAGGGAGACGAUUCUGUAGUUGAGGGUCCCAUAGCCAUGCCACACCUGGUUCCUCUGCUGAUGCUGAUGGAGGGCGACGACCCAGUCGAGGACAGCGACAGAGGCUGUCAGCUUCUCUACAACCUUCUCCAGUCGGCUCGCAGUGCUGCGCUACACGCUCAAGACUAUCAGACGCAGGCUCACGCUGUGCUCACAGGAGGCUGGGAGCCGAUCCCCGAGCUGCUUGAGGCUUUCCGCACAGAGUUCGCCCUGCGGCUGCUCUGGGGUCAGUUGGGUGCCAUGGCCAGCAGAACAGAGCGCUAUGAGAAGUUUGACAAAAUUCUUUGUGUUCUCUCUGAUAAACUGGAGCCUGUGGAGCUCACACCACAACAACCUGACCCUUAAACCUGAGCUGCAGACUGUGGCCUGUUUUCUGAGUAAAGGGUGAAAACAUUAUGCAAAGAUGAAACCGAUCUGUUUUCAGGGGAGUCUGAAAGACAAAGACAGAUCUCACCUUGGAUAUCACACAGUCGUCACAUAGGGAAAAUUAUUUUGUCCCUCAUUCAGACGUGUGAAAAAGUAUGUUAAGUAUGUACAGACCUUUACUGUGAAAAGGACUGAGCUUGAUUAAUUUCCUUUUUGCUGGAAAUCUGAAAUUGUUUACCCCCAAAUAGUUACAACUGUUUACUUUUACAAAUGAGCAUUUUUGAUUCUGAAAUACUGGAGGCGCCAAAGGAGCAGCGUGUGGACAUGAGUAAGUUCUGUUUGUACACAGGCUGCUGCUGUUGUCUGUACCAAACCACACUGGAAAUAGUAUUUUUUUCAAUGCAAUAAAUGAAUGUUAACUUUU